AUGGAAAUUUCACUUAUCCAGUCGACAGUUCACGACAUCCCUGAUCUCGUUCGGGUGCACACCGCCGCAUUCAAAGCGGACCAAUUCUCGAAUUUCAUGCUCGAUGGCCGGGAGGAGAACGCGCAUCAGGUCCUUAUGCAGAAGUCGAUCAAGAUCUGGCUUGCUGAUCCGACCUCAAAGCUGGUGAAAGCUGUUGCUAGUGAUGGAACUGUGGUCGGGUGGACGUGCUGGUUAGCCAAGGGCAAAGAUGAUACAAGCGAGACGUUACCACAGCCACAAAGUCUCAAAGCUCCCAAUGAUAGCGAGACUUCCUCGGUCGACCUGUCAGUGCAACAGAAAAAAGAAAAACCGAGAACUCCAGCUCAACUCCUCGGUCGCUUGAUGCACAGUGAUUCCAUGAAAUGGGAAAAAGACUCGAUGAAAGGCAAAAGAUACCUUACUAUCCAAGCAUUAGCAACAAACCCCAGCUUCCAGUGCCAAGGCAUAGGGUCCAAGCUUAUUAAAUGGGGCACCGAUAUGGCCGAUGCGGAGGGCCUUCCAUGCUGGGCUCACGCAUCGCCUGCCGGUCAUCAUCUCUAUACCAGGGCUGGAUUUUCAGAACUGGGUAGGAGCGAGUAUGAUCUUGAGAAGUUUUCUGAUGGAGACAGAGGCUGGGGGCGUUAUUCAUUCCGGUAUAUGCAGCGUCCAGCCUUGGAUAAGAGGUAA